AACAUUAAACCAGCUCAGAAUCUGUAAGUGCCUGAAGGAAACAUCUGGUAUGCCUAUCAAAGCCCUUGGGGAGGUCUCUCAGUUCAUUAUUGUCCCUAGCAGGCGUCGUAUCCUCAGGGUAAACAUAACUCAUGGCUUCCUGUAGAUCCCAGCAGACACCAGGCUGUGGCUUCCUUCCUUCCCCCUGUGAAUUUGGAUGGGAUGUGAAGGCCCAAUUGAUCCCCUCCUCUCUCCUAUUUAGGGGAAGAAUUUGGAGGAGUUCAGUUCUUGUUUUUAUUUGACCUGUCUCCAGCACUUGUUUUGGUUUGGCCUUCCCCUUUCCAUCCCUGUUUGAGGUUUCUGUUUCUAUCGCAGCAGGUGAUGCAAUGGUAGGUAAGAGAGAGGAGCAGAAUUUUCAGCAGGAAAAUGUCGAGCAAGUGGAUAAACACAGAGCAUUUUUGCAAAGAUCGAAAAGGAAUGUGUCCAGGAGUCAUGAGCAGGGAAACUCCUUUGCGAUUCAGCACAGACCAGAAAGAGAGCAGGGAAACCAGCCAGGAGAGAGAAUGGGUAAAUAUAUUUUCUGCUGGGGAACUCAGAAGAGCAUCAAAGAAACCACAGCACAGCAGGAAAUCCUCAUGAGAAAGAAGAAAAAUACAUGUUGUGAGUGCGGGAAAAGCUUCUCUAGCAGCUCAAACCUUUCUCAACAUCAGAGAAUCCACACAGGGGAGAGGCCCUUUGAAUGCCGUGAGUGUGGGAAAACUUUCACUUACAAAUCAGGUCUUGUUCAUCAUAAGAGAAUCCACACAGGGGAGAGACCCUUUGAAUGCCGUGAGUGUGGGAAAACUUUCACUUACAAAUCAGGUCUUGUUGAUCAUAAGAGAAUCCACACAGGCGAGAGGCCCUUUGCAUGCCAUGAGUGUGGGAAAACCUUCACUCACAGAUCAAUCCUUUCUCAACAUCAGAGAAUCCACACAGGGGAGAGGCCCUAUGAAUGCCGUGAGUGUGGGAAAACUUUCACUUACAAAUCAGACCUUGUUGAUCAUAAGAGAAUCCACACAGGCGAGAGGCCCUUUGAAUGCCAUGAGUGUGGGAAAACCUUCCCUCACAGAUCAGACCUUUCUCAACAUAAAAGAAUCCACACAGGAGAGAGGCCCUAUGAAUGCUGUGAGUGUGGGAAAACCUUCCAUCACAGAUCAACCCUUUCUAGACAUGAGAUAAUCCACACAGGGGAGAGGCCCUUUGAAUGCUGUGAGUGUGGGAAAACUUUCACUUACAAAUCAGGUUUUGUUGAUCAUAAGAGAAUCCACACAGGCGAGAGGCCCUUUGCAUGCCAUGAGUGUGGGAAAACCUUCCCUCACAGAUCAGACCUUUCUCAACAUAAAAGAAUCCACACAGGAGAGAGGCCAUAUGAAUGCCGUGAGUGUGGGAAAAGCUUCACUCAUAGGUCAAGCCUUUUUACCCAUCAGAGAAUCCACACAGGCGAGAGGCCCUUUGAAUGCCAUGAGUGUGGGAAAACCUUCACUCACAGCUCAGACCUUUCUAAACAUCAGAGAAUCCACAGCGGGGAAAGGCCCUAUGAAUGCUAUGAGUGUGGGAAAAGCUUCGUUCAAAUAUCAGCCCUUUCUGUUCAUCAGAGAAUCCACAUCGGGGAGAGACCCUAUGAAUGCUGUGAGUGUGGGAAAACCUUCACUAGCAGCUCAGACCUUUCUAAACAUCAGAGAAUCCACACAGGGGAGAGGCCCUAUGAAUGCAAUGAGUGUGGGAAAAACUUCACUAGCAGCUCAGACCUUUCUAAACAUCAGAGAAUCCACAGCGGGGAAAGGCCCUAUGUAUGCCGUGAGUGUGGGAAAAGCUUCAUUCAAAUAUCAGCACUUUCUCUUCAUCAGAGAAUCCACACAGGGGAGAGGCCCUUUGAAUGCUGUGAAUGUGGGAAAACCUUCACUAGCAGCUCAGACCUUUCUAAGCAUCAGAGAAUCCACACAGGGGAGAGGCCCUUUGAAUGCUGUGAGUGUGGGAAAAACUUCACUAGCAGCUCAGAGCUUUCUGUUCAUCAGAGAAUCCACACAGGGGACAGGCUCUACGAAUGCCGUGAGUGUGGGAAAACCUUCAUUACUAGCUCAGACCUUUCUAAACAUCAUAGAAUCCACACAGGGGAGAGGCCCUUUGAAUGCUGUGAGUGUGGGAAAAACUUCACUAGCAGCUCAGACCUUUCUAAACAUCAGAGAAUCCACACAGGGGAGAGGCCCUAUGAAUGCUGUGAGUGUGGGAAAACCUUCACUAGCAGCUCAGCCCUUUCUGUUCAUCAGAGAAUCCACACAGGGGACAGGCCCUACGAAUGCCAUGAGUGUGGGAAAAACUUCACUAGCAGCUCAUCCCUUUCUGUUCAUCAGAGAAUCCAC